GCAAUUUCCUGGUGGGUGCGUGAAAACGUCACAUUAGACAGUGAAGUGGUUAGUAGCUGCUUGGCGAUGUGGCGAGUAUGAGAAUAUAAGUUUGUUACAGCGCGUUGAUUGGGAGGCGUUGCCGCAUUCUGGAGGACAACGCGAACGAAGAUACAUAAGUGUCUUAUAAGGACACACAGCUAACUGGAAUACCUGUGUUGAUAUAAUUAAGUAUAGAGGUGCGAAGAAGACAAGGGCAGCCCCGCGAGGGCAAGUGUGUGCUGUGGCGGUCCUGCUAGCGAAAGAUGAACAAGAACCACCGAGUGCCGAGCAACCGAACUCUGAGCGCCGUAGAGGUGAAGAGCAAGUUUGGGGCCGAAUUCCGCAGGUUCUCCCUGGACCGGUCUAAGCCAGGCCGGUUUGAUGAGUUCUAUGGACUUCUGCAGCACGUGCACAGGAUCCCCAAUGUGGACCUGCUGGUGGGCUAUGCGGAUGUCCAUGGUGACCUGUUGCCAAUCAACAAUGAUGACAACUACCACAAGGCCAUUUCUGUGGCAAGUCCACUGUUACGGCUCUUCUUGCAGAGGAAAGAGGAAGCUGACUACUCAGCGUUUGGUACGGACUCUCUGACGCGCCCUAAGAAGACGGUCCUGGCGGCCGUGUUGCUGCGGCCUGAUGCCAACCGGAAGAAGCCCCCCGUGAUCAUCAGCCUGCCCAGGGACUUCAGGCCUGUGUCCUCCAUCAUCGACGUGGACAUUCUCCCUGAGACCCACCGCCGUGUGCGCCUCUACAAGCACGGCCAGGAGAAACCGCUCGGCUUCUACAUCCGCGACGGCUCCAGCGUACGGGUGACGCCUCAGGGCCUGGAGAAGGUGCCCGGCAUCUUCAUCUCCCGCAUGGUGCCCGGGGGCUUGGCUGAGAGCACCGGCCUGCUGGCCGUCAACGACGAGGUGCUGGAGGUCAAUGGCAUCGAGGUCCAAGGCAAGUCUCUAGACCAGGUGACGGACAUGAUGAUCGCCAACAGCCACAACCUCAUUGUGACCGUGAAGCCCGCCAACCAGCGCAACAACAUCGUCCGGAGUGGCGGCGGCGGCGCGGCUUCCGGGAGCUCGGGGCGCUCGUCGGACAGUGGCGCCAGUUUCUACGGGUACUCCUCCUCGGGCACCGCCGUGGCAACGACCCCGGCACAUAUCAUCCAGAACUAUCAUCCGGAGGAGGUGGAGAGCGACGAGGACGAUGAGGACCUGGUGAUCGAGGCGGGCGGGGAGGCUGUGCCCAUCCCGCGGGCGGCGUCGGCCAGCUGUAGCAUGCCCGCCCUGCCCCGCUACGAGCCUCACCUGAACCUCCGCACCGCGGCCAACGGAGCCCUGGCCGCCAGCAACAGUGCCAGCUCAUUGAGCGCGCUCAGUCCAACCGGCCGGGGCCUGGAGGGAAGGAGCCAGGAGGAGGACGGCACGGUCAUCACACUGUAGGCCCCCGUCCUGUAACCUUGACGAUAGUGACGCCACACACACUUUCACACAUGCAGACGUUGACUUUCUCGUAUAUGCAAACACAUAGUCUUACACAAGCACAUACAUUCGUUGUCUACAGGAAGAUGCCGCCAACGCCCACCCCACGGCCGCCCAUGUGCCACAGUAUGGAUGCACGCCGUGUGACAGGCGGACACAUUGUGCUCACAUGGUUUUUGUGCGGACGGGGAGAAGUGUCUCUGAGAGAAAGGCCUGUAACUCCUGAUUCGAUCCACAAAAGGCACUUGUUUCUAUUUUGCGAAUGGGAGGCUGUUUCUAUGUUCUUAUUUGUGGGCAGCAAUGAGAUGGUACUUUCAGUAGUUCUUUUUUUUUGUGAGUUGUACGAAAGGCCUUGAAUGAAGGAAUGAAUGAGUGAGCAUCCCUGGAGGCUAAGUACUCUGCUUAGUUUGUUAGAUAGAGGGGACAUAUUUGACAAUCUGCUUCUACCAGUUCACUUUGCAAACACCCACUCCUCCCCUAGGUGAUUACAGCAUGUGGGAACAGAAGUAAUGGCUUCCAUCUGACGUGUUACCAUAGUAACGAAUGAAGAGCAGAGGUCUGCAAUAAUACUCUAAUUUUAGUCUGAGGAGAAAUGGCAGAUAUGGGUGUCUUUGCAUGACCCCCCCCCCCGACACCAGGGUUACUACUUCCUGUGUUUUCUUCAAAGCUAUUAAUGUUGAUAAAUCACACAAACUAACUCAAAGGAAUUAUGCGAAGAAACGUAACAUUCUAGAAUCUCUUAAAUGUUUUCUUGCAUGGUUUUCUUGCAAUCAAAAAUAAUUUACUGUAUUUUUAUUUACUGGAAAAUGGGUGCAUCUGAACUCAACAUAUCGGAAAAAUUAGACCUGUGGGUAAGGACCACCUCUCCAUUGGACCAGGCCAUCUUUCUGGUUCUCUUUCCAUAUGACAAGGGCUAUUUCCCCGCUUCCUGUAUUAAGCAUACUGUAACUGAAUGUAAUUCUAAAUGUCAUCGCUCAUCUCACAUUCUCCCUUUUCUCUCCUAUCUGUCCAUGUUUCUUAUCAGAAGAUGUGCAUGUAACAGGCAAUGUAGUCUUGUACAGUUUUCCAUCUCUAGGUUAAAUUGGAUGUAAUCUGAUUUAUUUGUUUGAACAGUCCUCACUUCAUUUACAGUAUUUUUUUCUAUUUUAGUUUCCCUGUAUCAAGGGGAUGACUCGUCAAAGAAUGUAAUACUAGUAUAGAUUGCGCAUAAAUAGCUGGACCAUGGCCCAGAGAGUACUGCAUAAGUGCUUUUAGCUUUACAUAACUUAUGUAAUUUAGCUAGGACCUUAAUGCAACAGUAGAUGACUGAUCAGACUAAUGUUAAAGAAUCCAGUCAUUGACAAGUGAAGACUCUUGACUUGAACACUCAUACUGUCUGUUUGCACCUUGUGUUUGAGGAAGGUGGAGUUUGUCACAUUAUGCCUUGAGUACAGGUGUAUUCUCACUAGUUCCUGGUCAUGUGCUAUCUAUUGCUUUUCAGGAAGGGCAAAACCAGCAAGGUGAUUCGAAUGCUGGAAAUGUAGAACCAACCGGUUUCCCCAAAAUGCUAGAUACUUCCCCACCAAACUCAACAGGCUUAACAUGAAACCGAUCAAGCUAGUCCUGCAGAACAUCCUCAAUCCGCUAUAUUAUAAAAGCUAACAGACUCCUCUGAGAGCAGAUGGGACCUCUAUGUGCAUCCUCUCUCAUAUUGAUUUUGCUUUUUCAAUGCCCAUUGCUAGGGAAAACAAACGCCCUGGGAACAGUUGCCUUACUCCCCCACCUACCCUCUCUAACCCUACUCAGCCUGACUGCAGUCUCUUAAUGCAGAAAUACCUGAUGAGAAUUAUAAACACUGGAUCUCUGUGAUCAGACAUCUGCUCAGAGCAGGUGAUGUGAACUCAACUCCCCCUCCCACUGAAUCAUUGACACUGUGACCUACUACUUUAUUCUCUUUUAUGGUACAGAGUGUUGAAGAGCUGGAAUUGUUUUCUUUCUCAUUCCAAACAUUUCUGGAACAUUCAAAGCAUGAGAAGUGACAUUUUUAAUAGAAGAAAUGUAGAAAUCUAUGUUAAUUUAUUUUGGUUUUAACUACACAGGAGAACAUGGGGAUUGUAACCACAAUUAUUUAUUUUCUAAUCAUUUUUUAGUCAUCGCUAAUUAAGUAUACUUGUUUUUUUUUUAUUUUUUUUUUAUAACUGAUCAACUAUGUUACUUCAUGGUAGACGUUCAUCUUUUACUAUAUAUAUAUAUAUGACAAUAAGCAUUUUACAGGGAUAUAGAUUGUCACCACAUCAUACCUUUCUUCAUACUGUGAAUUGCUUUAUUUCCAGGAUAAUCCCUGUAUGUCAGAAAACACUAAACAUGUUAUGGAAACAUUCAGUUUUUUGUCAGUUCCUUUUUUAAAUUUUUUUUUUUUUUUAAGAAUAACAAUGAGCAAUGAUUUUUGCUUGCCAGAUAAUCCUCAAGUAUAGAUUUAUACUGAAAAUUGUCAGUAUUUUCUUAUCAGAACUAUAUAAUGUGCAUUUCUAUCACUUUUAAUGAAAAUGUUUUAAAGUAAUGUAAAAUUCAAAGAAAUGUAUGAAUCUAGAUGCACAUGUAUAAUUGUUGAUUCCAUGAGCAGGAAAAAUAAACUAAUAUGUAGCAAUUA